CGAGGUUUCGGAGACGACGACGACGACGAGGAGCGAGGAGACUGAGAGGGGGAAGGAGAAGGGGCGAGAGACUGGCGCCGUGCUCCUGUUUGACGGAGCCCGCUGUAGAGGAGCAAGGAGUGCUGCUGAGCGGAGAGAGGCCCUACCAUUUUACCAUUGGGGUGUUGGUGUCCCUCCUCCCCCUCCCCCCCCCCCCCUACUACAUCCGGGUCUCCGCCAGGUCUCUCCCUGUCUCCGCGCUUUGUCUCGGCUGUGCGCUGCUGCGUCUGCAGGCGUGGCUCCAACGUCGCCGUGGCUCAAGCGAUGAUGCUGCUCAUCCAGCUUCUCGGAGGUGGAUUUCUUGUUGGAGGGGUGCUAUUUCGGAUGUUCGUUUGCUCGAGUAUCUGUAAAAUGGCGUAGUGGCGUGAUCGACUACGGUGAGGGCUUCGUUGAAACUUUAAUUUGUGCUCUGGGUGAUCGGGAGUGGGUAUACCAUUCAAAUUAGUAGCUUAGGGGCUGCUUUACUAUCGGCAUAGGGAUUAUAGGGUGGAUCAGUUGCAACCGAGUAUUUUCGGAAGCAAUCGUAGGAGAAUGCCGACAGGCAUCGAAUCAUACUUCGUCAGUAUUCGAGAAGGUGCACUACAGAGUACUGAAAAGUGGGAAUUGUAAUUCCAAGCCUGUGUUGGCAUGACGUUAAAAGUUUGUUAAAACAACAUGCUUUUUUAAAGCUUUGAGAUAGCGUUUAGUUGAAGUAGAGAAAGACGAUACCUUGCAAAUCCAGAUAGGUUUUAAGAGAGGUGAAGCGCUUUUAGUCGGCAUGGGAUUACACGAUUAUGCUUGGCUAGGAAUAUGCUUGAUAGUGGGCAGGGAUCGAGAGUGGUAUAUCAUGUACGUUUUAUCAGAAUCGCAUAUUCAAAGUUCACCCAAGGGCAUUCUUUGCAGACUUCAGAAGUUGAGCACUUCUGUUAGGUGUGAAUUGUCGUUGUUGAUUUUGUGUUUCAGGUUGUCUAGAGCAUUGAGAAGCUUCACUUGUUACCGAAAAGUAGUCUGUUUUUUCCAUAGUGUAUGCGACGUUUUUGAUUGUAGUUCUGAUUUGGAGCUUGUUCAGUUAAGAAAGAGCUAGGUCAGAGAUCGAGCAGAAAUGGUUCCAGAGAUUGAUGAUCAUUGCUGCUCAAUUUGCUGAAUAAAACACAGUUAGGUUUGCUGUUGAUGUAGUACUAUUGUGAAAGUCGUAAGAAGCUCCUUGUGAAGUCACUUAUAGAUCAGUUUAAGUAGCUGACAUUUUUUUUGGGUUGAUAUUGUGUCAUUUUUGAAAUGUGGCACCUGGAUGUCAACUCUUAUUGUGCGAUGAACGUUCGAACGCAUGUUCUUCUGAGUAAUUGUGUCAGAAGAUUUUGGGUACGAGUGGUUGAGGUUGACUUUGUGCUUUUAUAGACGUGGAUGAGUAGUAGCACACACCAUGCACUUAGUUAUGCUAUGGUAAGAAAGAUAUAUGUUGGAAUUGUGAAGGUAAUGCAUGUGCUUUGCAUCCGUUAAUAAGCUAGGUCUUUUGAAGAAAUUUAUCUUGAAUAUCAUAUGUGGUUGCAUUAAGAAGAAACUACGGAUUCCAGGUGUGAACAGUGUUGAAAAGAGUGUGGUUCGGUAAAUCUCUGAGCGGAGGUACGAUGGGUGCAAAAUUGGAGGAAGCUCUAUUGAGCAUCAGAUUGGACUGGGACCUUUCGACGCCUGCCAAGGAAAUAGUUGAUAAGGUUCGUGAACAGGAUUUGAGUUUAAUACCUUCUCUGGAAGGGAAAUGCAAGAAUCAUCUACUUUCGAUUGCAUUUAAGCUGGUCCAGGGCCUGAAAAUUCCGGCGGUGGUGGCUUUACUAUUACACGGGGGAAGAACGAUUCUCAAUUCGGCGUUGAAGAAGGAAACCCCCAAGAUUAAUGAUCCCAUUAAGAAAUCUGAUGGUGGUGUGGGUUUGACUGGGAAAAAGGUAGAUACCAUGGUUAAUGUAAUUUAUAAACAAGGUGAACCUGCCAUGAAUCCUUUGGCUAGAAAGAUAGAGGCUCCAGUGGUCAGUUUCUCCGGUAGAAAGAUAGACGAAUUGGAUGAUGCUGCUGAAGGGACGAUCGUGGAUCUGGUGUUAGGAAUGGCGUUAGCGCACUCGAACUCAUGCAUUUUGAAUAAUUUGGGUGCUAAAUGUAAAUCUUAUGCAAAUGAGGAGUCUGGCGAUUUAUGGCAGGGUGAAGGCAGCAGUCUUUACAGUUUAGGUUCCGGCGAUUUAGAUAUGAGCCUUGGACAUGACACGUUAAAGCGCCUGAAAGAUCGGGAAAGUGGGACUUCAGAUAGUGGCAAUUUGAAAGAUUUUAGCAAAUGGGAUGAAAGUUUUCAAAGACUUAGUUAUACUCUAGACUCAGGUGAAUGGGAGGAAGUUGCCACUAAGUCACUAAAGAAGUCAAUCACAGCGCCAGAAGCGGUGGCUAAAGAUUUGAUCAACAGCAAGCUUAAGAAGACCUUGAGUGGCCAGAGUGAGGUUGAGCAGUCAACAAUCUCUAUCCCUCCAGAUAAUGUCUCAUCACCUGCUGGAGAUGAUGGAGAGUACAAGUGUGAGAUAGCGCGUAAACUCUUGGAGUGUGUACUUCUAUUUAGCCCACGUUUAUCAGGUCAUGCACAGAGUUCGCAUCUUCCUCCUCUCCUAAGAGCUGCUCAAGCAAAUGAUGAAGCCCUUGUCUGUCUUUUAUUAAAUGCAUGGGCACCAGUUAAUGACAAAGAUUCAUUUGGUAACACUGCCCUACAUUGGGCUCUUCGUCAGGCCACUUCUGUAAACAGACGGACUGUAAAUAGUCAGGUGGUUAGGAGAUUGCUCAAGGCUGGAGCAAAUGUCAAAGCUGGUAACAAGUUGGGGGCAACCCCAGUACACACAGCAGCUGGUCAUGGACACUUCGAAGCUCUCUCUUUUAUACUGGAGAAGGAUUCAAGUGUUGUUAAUGUUCUGGCGAUUACAAAAGAAACUCCUCUUCAUUAUGCCGUGAAGAACAACCAUAUUACCUGCACAUUCCUAUUGCUCAAACAUGGUGCCAAUCGCAAUGUUGCAAGUAAACGUGACCAGAAACCAAUACAACUGGCGCUGUCUGUUGAAAUGAGAGUCCUUCUACUGCAAGAUGACAAAGUUUUGAAAGACAACACCUGGGAGAGCUUCAAGCCUAUACUCAUAAGUGCAGUCUCCUCGAGUUCUCCUUUACAUUCCUUGGCUAUACAAUCACAGACGCAAUUUCCCUCCAUUGCAGACGCCUUUGGCUUUCACCAAUCAACUCAGGAUGGAAAUACUUUCGAUUUGUUAUCUACUCAAGCACUAUCUAUUAACAAUCGGGACCUCAUUCUAGGAGGUGAGAUAGAUAUUUUAGGGGGCAAGGAAUCGGUAAAUUUGCCUCAAUAUAAAACUGUGGCAUGCCAUUUCUUUGCAUCAAGCGACGGUUGUGCGCGGGGCAGCAAAUGCCAUUUUGUCCACUCAGGGGAAGAAAUAAUUGGUGUUGCAAGGGUUAAUGGAUUAGACAAGCGGGCUGGAGGAAGUCAGAGUGAUGAUGGAAGCGAUCAGUCAAUAAAGAAUUUCAAGACUAAGCUUUGUACUCAUCAUGAUAAAACUGGAAAGUGUCCUCAUGGAGUUAAAUGCACAUUCGCUCAUGGCAUGAUAGAACUUCGAGGAGCACCUUCCUCUGCUGUUACAUAUAUUCGGCCACCUCCUGGAAUCGACAUACGACCAUCUAGUGCUAAUUCUAUGGGGUCUAGUACAGGCAGCGAAAAAGGUGAUGAUUACAGUGCUCGUAAGGUCUUUGUUGGAGGUCUGCCUCACUUUAUACAGUCAGAAGAUUUAUGGGAAUUUUUUGAAGCAGAAUUCGGGAAGGUAGUGGAUGCAGUAGUUAUUUCUUGUGUAGAUGCAGACAAGAACGUGCGCUCGCGAGGAUUUGGGUUUGUUGUCUUCAACGAUCCAAAAGAUGCCAAUGUUGCAGUUAAACGACAUUGUCUACCAUUUCGAGGAAAAAAAGUGGAGGUAAAACAAGCUAUGGCCCGGGUGGAUUAUGGUGAGGAUCUGAUUAAGCCAAAUUCCCCUAUUCCACCCAUGUCCAUUUCCAAUUCGCCUACGUGGGAUCCUUCCAGCCCUGUAAUUGCCAGGUCCAAGGAACUGGCGCCUGUUUCUUCGGAAGUUUCUCAGCGGGCUUGGUCUGCUUCACCCUCGGGUGUAGAUUGGCUCGGUAAGUCCUCUGAGGAGGGUACUGAGAGCAAAAGUUUACCGUUAUCUGAGAUAAACAAUCACCUCGAUUGUCAACAUAGUGUCCCAGUGCAGAACUACCAGAGCCAAUUCCACAACUUUGGUCCUCUAUUUCCCCAGAGUAGUGUCUUAUUAGAUACAGGAUUGGACAGAAACCCUUACUUGUUAUAUUCUGGUCCAGGCUCUAUCUCUCCAUCUCCUUCACAUAGCUUUUCUCCUCCCUCGAGUGCUUCCCAUAGACGUCACCAUUCCUCUAUGUAUGGCUCCUCUAUUCCAUACUCUAAUGGUACGUCUUUUGUAAAGGAUAUAAUCGACCGCCCUUCACAAUCUUUCUUUAGUGGCAUUGCUGGACCUUCGGUGUAUUCCUAUGGAUCCGAUCCCCCGGCACCCACCGACGAUGACGAAGAGUUUUCUGACCUUCUUGCCAUGCUCCAAGGAGGAAAUUCUUAGCUUUUGUCAUAGAAUGGUUCCAGCAACCACUUUGAGAUUUAAUCCGUUCGAUCUCAAUAUUUAGUUAAAACCAGAAUGCAUCGAGAGGUUUGGAAAACCCUGGUUACUUGUAUAGACAUAAUGUGCCUUGUGAAUAUAUUUCUGGACACUGGGUACUUAGAUCAGCUGUGGCUGACAGGUAUAUUUUUUUAUUGACAGUAACUCUGCCAACCCUACAACAUUUGGAGAUAACAUUUAAAUUUUUUUAUGGCUUAUUUUGUUACAUUUGUUAGGAUUUACAUUAUUAUGGGUUUUGGCAACAUUUAUGAAUAUCUACUUCAAUGGUGAUCGACUUAUUCUAUUUUUGGGACAAAGCGAACAGGACGUAGUUCGUUGCAAGUCCUCGGAUAGCUAAGUUCUUCACCUCUGAAGCAGAGGUCACAUAUUU